AAUAUGUACUAGUAAGCGCAUCAUGCAGCAAAUUCUACAAGAAAAUCAUCUAUAAGUUUGUUGCGACGAUCAAUUCGCGGUUUAAUAUUAACGAAGAAACUACAAACAGCAUAUUUAUUUACGGUUAUCUAAUGUUUUCGUUUUCUCUCUGAUAUAGCAGGAAAGCUUUCGUAACUACCGUGAAACAUAAAACAUGGUCCUUUCAUCGUCUCAGCAGCUGGUGGUAGCACUCACAGCUGUGCUGCUUGUUUUCGUCGUUUUUCCCAGAAUGUUCAAUAGUGGAUCCGGCUCGAAAGAAUCAAAAGGGUUUGAUCCGCGUGUUAAUAGGAAAGUGGGUCCGGGUACAGCAAGACCGCACCAGUUCAACCUGAAUUCAGCAGAUUCGAAGGCGCAGACAUUUGAAAAUAUGCAGCAAGUGAGAAAGAUGAUGGAGAAAGAGCUGAAGAGCGAUAAAUAUAAAUCAAACAGCAAGGGCUACGUGUUCACCUUGAUGCCACUGUAUGCUAUCGGAGUUGGUGUCUUUGCUGUAUACAAGUUUAUAAAGAUCAAGUCUAAAGAUGACGCCAAGACUGAGAAGGACAAAACGGUGAAAGGGGUGAAGAAGUCAGCGGAGACGGAAAAUCAGCUGAAUGAACUCGAGCAGCGUUUAGCGCAAACGGAGAAGAUGCUGAAUUCAAUACUCACUCAGCUGGACCCCCUGACUAACUGCGUUAAAUCUGUAGCAUCCGAACAGAAGAAUGAAAUCAUGUCCCAGCUUCAGUCCAUCCGACAUCUGAUGAAGAAGAGAGGCAUGGACUGCCCACUAAUGAUGGCUGAAGAGUUCCCAUGUGAGAAGAACUUGGAAGAUGUCAUUGAUUCCCUGGCAGCUGAGGAGGACCAUCUAUCUGGAUCUCCAUCAGAAGAGCAGGAGAGGCUCCUGGAAGAGGGGACAGCAGAGGAUGGCCAUCUGGAUGGAUCAGAGUUUGAGGGUGAAGAGGGACAUGAAAGUGCAGUGUCCUCUUGGGAAGCUGCCUGUGGAACAAAUGUAGUGGAUGAGGUCACUGCCAGCAGAGACCCAAAAGCAGACCCAGUGGUCGGGCUGAGAAGACGCAACAGACCUGAAUGAAGGCUGCUUUGUGAAUUAUAUCAUUCAGACUGUUUAACUGCAUUGUACCUACUGGCUGCCUGCAGGUGCUUCUCGUGGAACAGCUUAGCAUAUGAAGAAAUGAUGAUCUUACUGUUUUGCAAGAUUGAAAAAUGGCAGCCCAGAGACUUCGAAGCAGUAAACGGCAAGUGUCCAUCAAAAAGCACUUUUACAAUUCUUUAUAAGGAAAUAUAUGAGCAAAACACCUGCUUUUUGCCACUUGUGUCUUUAUCUGUGAAGUGGUUUCAGUUUUUACAUGUAUGCUUCACAGCACGUUUUGCAUGCGCUGGUCAGUUACAUUAGGUCUUGGAGGGUUAGCUAGGCUACAUAUUACCUGCAAAUGUUAGUCAAAGUGACUUGGAACAGAAUGCAAGCCUUAAAAUUCACAGGUACAUCUGUGUCUGUUUGCUGGGUCCUGGGCUUAAAUAGUAGACAUAACUACAAACUGUGAUCCCAAAUCAGUGCAUAGGCCAGGAAGCAUGGUGCUUUGCUUUUCUCGUCCUGCUGCUGGAAAGAUGUUACAUAGGAUGAUGAGGAAUAAUGGUGUCUUGAUCAGCACAGUGAAUAAAAUGUAAUUAUUUGUUUUUAUUUAAAUAGUCUAUUAUGCAUUGCCUGUCUCAAUGUUAUAAAGAUUUGUGUGCAUCCUUUUAUGCAAUGAUGAAAUGAGUACUCAAUGCCUUAUAAUAAAUCUGAAAAUGUCUGAAA